AAAACAGGCCCAGCCACCACCUUUCCAUGGCACUGGCACCGGUUGUUGACUGCUCUGCUGCCUGCACACUAAUGGCGGUCUCUGUCCGUCUACAUAUAUAACACAGAGGGGGCCGCUGCAGGAGCGGGCGCGGAGCAACACCGUCCAGUCCAUCACUGCCCUUUGUUCUCCUCCACAGUCGCAGACAAAGCUGGUUCGUCUCGCGGAGAGGGGAAGCCGGGAAGGUGGAUAGGCGGCACCCACCCAUCACCCAUGGCUGGGUUGCAAAGAUCGGCGACCACGUUCAGACGGUCCGGCUCGUCGGGCCUGGUCUGGGACGAGCGUUUCCUGACCGAGGCCGACGCCGAGGCGAAGGCCGGCGCCGCGGAGGAUGCCGAGCAGCCGGAGCUCCGGCACUCGAGGAGCGUCGGCAUGCUGCGCCGUGCGGGCGGCGGUGGAGACAGCCGCAGCAAGAAGGGCAAGGAGAGUAGGCAGAAGCAGGCGGAGUCGGCGCGGCGCAGCAACCAGCAGGUGUUCCGGACCAAGGACGUGGCCCCGGACAUGGAUCCCCCCUCGCCGAGGGUGUCCGGCUGCGCCUUCUGCGCCGUCUUCCGCGGGGGCUCUGGCGGUACUGGCCGCAGGGCACAGGCACGCCGCCGGUCCAAGCCCAGGAAGAAGUGACGGCGUAGCAACACGUACGUACGUGCGGUACGUUGUUGUUUGUGCCAUCUGUAAAGUCCGGGCCAUGGUUGUUCGUGCGUGUACAUGUUUACUAUACUAAAUACUAGGGUCAUAUAUAGAUGAGCUUGCUACUCGGUAAUCGGUAUACGUACGCCAUUAUUUAGUUCAGGAUAGUUCCUCCUUUUUUGGGUCGGUCGGUUGGUUUCUUGAUCCAGAUCCAUGCUUUUGAGGUUUGGGCGACGGUUAGAUGUUACUUGUCUACUAUAUAUGCAGCAGCUAUUUAUGAGAUCUGGGGCUGUUGUUCUUGUUCUU